CGAUCAGCAUACAAUACAACAAUAUGUAUUAUGACAGAAGAACAACAAACCGGUAGCAAUGAGGGGUUACAGCCUUGGCAACGAAUCUUAUGGUCACAGCAACCUUAUACGGACAAUUAUGUACCCCCAGAUUUCUUGGGCGAACUACGUACAAAGCCAACAACCGCUCUUCCCAAUUUGACGGAUUUGAUGUUAUGGUCUUUACCGCUCUCACAACAUGUUUGUAUCAUCUUGACAUUCGUUGGGUUGUUCCUCAGCCUUAGAGAUGACUUGAUCGGAUCAGAAUCUUUGGCAAUCUGUAGCGCUUUGACCAUUGCUUUGUGUGGAGCAACGAUGCCGAUCACUAGCAUAUAUAGCGAAAGUAUGACAGAGUUGCAUACAAAGACGGAGUCAAAGGAAAAGUCGAAAAAGCAUACAAAUCGUGCACUUGCUCAACCAUUGUCGUAUGCACUUCUUGGAUUAGUGGUCUUGGCACUGUCGCCUCUUCUGCGAACGUUGACGGAGGCGACCACUUCGGAUUCCAUCGCUGCUCUUUCAACGACGCUUUUCCUCUUCUCUUUCGCUCUGGCUGAUUUUGGAGUAGGUGAAGAUGCUAGAAUAAAUGAGAGACCUUCUGAUCAAGAUAAAGCCAGCCACAAGCACAGCAGGAAUGGCUCAAGCGGUCAACCAGUCCCAUUACCCCAUCUAGCACAAGGCCCUCUACCUGCAACGCUAUCUCUCAAUGCAUCUUUGUGUGCAAGUAUCGUGUUGGCCUCACGUUUAGCAUCCCCCAUUGAUGCAUUCUCACUUAUUCUGGCAGCAAUUGCUCUGUUUGCAUUUGUGUCAAGAUGGCUCAAACAUCAUCUUCGAAGACGAGCUCCAACUCAUUGGCGGUCUGCCAUAUGUGCAACUGUGUUUCUAUUGAGUAUCAGUAUCGGACUAUUGGCUCGUUUCUCAAUCACAGCUGCUUUUGCAAACGUGGCAACAGCUGUUUUUCUAAGUGUGAUCUGUCCUGCCUGGAUGAGAAAGGCACAAGGAUGGAAACAAGCCAGAAGAGGACCCUGGGAUAUGGGCAUCCCUAGAUUGCGUUCUCGAUGAGCAUUGUAUCACUACUGUACAUCUAUAUUAUUGCACUAUCAUUUUACACGAUU